AUGUCUACAUCUCGCUUCGCCCGUCCUACAUCUUCUGCGCGUCCUCAGGAUAACCGCCGCAUGGCUCAGUACUUGCCACAGCUAGGAGCUCUAUCAAUGGGACUUGGCCUUGGUCUCGACUUCGACAGCGACACACAAUUCCACACUGCAGCCAGCGGUGCAGCUGCCCAAUAUCCACAGUUCCGGUCUUUGCCUAGACAACUUCUCACUCAGGAAGAGGUGCUGGGAUCGCAGUCGAUGACAUCCUCCCACUCAAAUCACUUGGACGCACCCUUUAUCCAACAAUGCGAAUUCCCAGCUCCUUUCGGCGCUCCUCUCAAAAUGCAAAGGACUCUCGCCAACCACGUCCCAUAUGGCUACGGCUCUGGUUCCGAAGAGGACGCUUCGACCAUCGGAGACCUUGACAUGCCGCAUCCUCAGCGGACCGAUUACUCUUCUUCCGAUGUUAUCGAACAUUCACCUGUCCAGAUGCGCAGGACAAUGGCCACCCGACGGUCCCCCACCGAGCAUGGCGCGGCUGCAUAUGGCUCUGACGAUGAACUUCAUCGGUCAGAACCCAUGAUGGCAGGACCUGUCGUUGGAAUCGCUAUUACGGACCCGAAAUACCGUCAUAUAGCUAUGUGGGCCGUUGAGGUGGAGAGAUUGGCGAAACACACUGUUCCUGAAGAGUCGGACACAGACAGCCUUCAGCCGACUGGGCCUCUGGCGAAGCCGUCUCAGGGUGGUUGGGUCAGGUGGACAUGCUUGACGAGAUAGUCAAGGAUUAGACGAUGUUUCGGGCAGCAGCGGACACAUUGGAC